UGUUCUGGUUUGAGACUCUUAAUGACAUUGCAUCAAGCUUUCAGCUAAUACUCAGUCAUAUAAAAAUUCAGUAAGGAAUGGAGUACCUACUAUGCAAGAACCUGACUCAUAUGGAUAGUAAGUUGGUACUGAUUAUUUGUUGAUGUCUAAGUUCUUCUCUGUUUAGGCCCCUUUACAGGAUUGCCUAAGUCUCCUACACAUGACAGCUGGGUGUCUUCAGAAUAAGAUGUCCAAGAGACCACUUCAGAAGCCAUAAUGCCUAUUAUGACAACCAUCAAAGUCAUUUAGUCCUCUGAAAAGCAUUACAAUGAGUUGGGGACUCAUUCUGUAGAUAAAUGGAUAAACAUAUACACAAAUACAAACCUGUAGAUGAUUCAGGAGUAUAUGUACCCUGCAUGCCUAUCUCUAAAGGUAGAUUAAGAACUAACUCCCCACUGCUGAUUAGGCUGAUAUCUCUUCUUCAGAUUUGUUUAAAUUUAAUGUCAUAUUCCUAACUUCAUUUGAAUGCUGAUUUUCAAAACAAAGAUAACAGACAUUUGAGAAACAGUCAAUAGUUCUAAACCAGGAACUUGGUUGGUCUCAUUCCAGGCAAGCUACCAUACUGUACUUAACUACAGCACAGUAGAUCAUAGCAGAUUCUCUUCUCCUUCUGUGUACAACUGUCUAAGAACAAAUCCCAGUGGCUCAUAACUGCUUACGCUUCUGCUGAUAGGCUUACAGUUGUUUCGUUGACUUUUUAGCCCUAUAUUUACAACUAUUGAUUGUUUUGCAGAGUCCCAAUGAAAUAUAUUCAUUAUAAGAUUUUUUCCAAUUAAAGGAAAUGGCCAGUUAACAUUAUUACUGUAAGAUUCCAAAUAUACCCUCCAUUGCUUGGUUUAAGAAAUACAGUCAAACUUCCUUCCCCACCCCCAACCUUUGCAUGGUUGGGCCUAUAGGUCUGUGUGGAGCUGCAGUUGCAGGUGUCUGUUCCACAGGAUGGGGAUUGUGAACAUUGUCAAGAAUACCUAUUUUAAGAGAUACCAAGUGAUAUUUAGAAGGCGAUAAGAGAGUAAAACUGACUAUUAUACUCAGAAACAACUGGUGAUCCAGGACAAAAAUAAAUACAACACACCAAAGCACAGGAUUAUAGUUCAUGUGACUAGCAGAGACAUCAUCUGCCAGAUUGCGUAUGCCCAUAUAGAAGGGGAUAUGAUAGCCUGCGUAACAUAUACACACAAACUGCCGAAAUGUGGUGUGAAAGUUGGCCUGACAAAUCAUGCUGCCGCCCAUUGUGCUGGCCUGCUGCUGGCCCACAGGCUUCUCAAUAGCUCAAGUGGAGGAGAUGGAGAUGAAUACAGUGAGGAAAGCAUUGAUGCUCAGCCUGGCUUCUCUUGCUAUUUGUUUGCAGGCCUUGUCUGAACUACAAAUGGCAAUAAAGUUUUUGGGGCCCUGAAGGGAGCUUUGGAUAAAGGCUUGUCUAUCCCUCAUACUACCAAAUGAAUUCCUGGUCAUGUCUCUGAAAACAAGGAGUUUAGUGCAGAAGUACAUCCGAAGCACAUCAUUGGUCAGAAUGUCGCAAAUUAUGGUGUUAACUAAUGGAGAAAAAUGGAGAUACAUAUAAGAAACAGUUCUCGGGCUGGAGAGAUGGCUCAGUGAUUAAGAGCACUGUCUGUUCUUCCAAAGGUCCUGAGUUCAAUUCCCAGCAACUAUAUCAACUACAUAGUGCCUACAAUCAUCUUUAGAGAGAUCUGGUACCCUCUUCUGGCGGGCUGACUCACAUGCAGGCAGAAUACCAUAUAAAAAAAUAAAUCUUAAAAAAAAAGUUCUCUCAGUACAUAAAGAACAACAUAACUCCAAACAUAAUGGAAGAGAAGUAUGAUAAAGUUCCUGCUGCUAUCUGAGAAAAUCCAGUCUAUGAGAAGAAGCUCAAGAAAGAAGUAAAGAAGUAGAACUGUCCCAAAAUUCCCCUUGCCCUGAAGAUUGGGUUGCUCAAAAGAAGGCAAGCGUCCUCAGAGCUCAGGAAUGGGCUGCUGAGAGCUAAUGUUUCUAUGAAGCUAAUCUUUCUAUGAAGAUUUUUUUUUCAUAGACAAUAAACUUAUUGGCCAAACAAAAGGAAGGAAGAAAGAAGGUCAAAUCAACCACACACACUAAACCGCUUAGAAGAAAAAGUGGGGAAUACCCUUGAACUCAUUGGCACAGGAGACAACUUCCUGAACAGAACACCAACAGCAGAGGCUCUAAGAGCAACAAUCAAUAAAUGGGACCUCAUGAAACUGAAAAGCUUCUGUAAAGCAAAGGACACUGUCCUCAGAACAAAACAACAGCCUAUAGAUGGGGAAAGAAUCUUCACCAACCCUGUAUCUGACAGAGGGCUGAUAUCCAGUAUAUAUAAAAAACUAAAGAAGUUAAACAGCAAAAGAUCAAGUAAUCCAAUUAAAAAAUGGAGUACAGAGCUAAACAGAAUUCUCUGCAGAGGUAUAUCGAAUGGCAGAAAAACACUUAAAGAAAUGCUCAACCUCAUUAGCCAUCAGGGAAAUGCAAAUCAAAACGACCCUAAGAUUUCACCUUACACCCAUCAGAAUGGCUAAGAUCAAAAAGAGACAACAUUUGCUGCAGAGGUUAUGGAGAAAGGGGAACCCUCCUCCACUGCUGGUGGGAAUGUAAACUUGUACAACCACUCUGGAAAGCAAUCUGGCACUUUCUCAGACAACUAGGAAUAGCGCUUCCUCAAGAUCCCACUAUACCACUCCUAGGCAUAUAUCCAAAAGAGGCUCAAGUACACAAUAAGGACAUUUGCUCAACCAUGUUUGUAGCAGCCUUAUUUGUAAUAGCCAGAAGCUGGAAACAGCCCAGAUGCCCUUUAGUGGAGGAAUGGAUGCACAAAUUGGUAUAUCUACACAAUGGAAUAUUACUCAGCAAUAAAAAAACAAGGAAAUCAUGAAAUUUACAGGUAAAUGGUGGGAUCUGGAAAAGAUCAUCCUGAGUGAGCUAUCCCAGAAGCAGAGGGAUGCACACGGUAUAUACUCACUCAUAUAGACAUAUAAUAUAGGAUAAACCUACUAAAAUCUGUACACCUAAAGAAACUAAUCAAGAGGGAGGACUCUUGCUAAAAUGCUCAAUUCCUAUCCAGAAGGGCAAAGAGACUGGACAUCAGAAGAAGAAAAGAGGGAACAAGUCAGGAGCCUGACACAGAGGACCUCUGAAAAGCUCUGCCCUGCAGACUAUCAAUGUAGAUGCUGAGACUUAUGGGCAACCUUUGGGCAGAGUGCAGGGAAUCUUAGGAAAGAAGUGGGAAACAGUAAGAUCUGGAAAGGGCAGGAACUCCACAAGGAGAGCAACAGAACCAAAAAAUCUGAGCACAGGGGUCUUUCCUGAGACUGAUAUUCCAAUCGAGGACUAUGCAUGGAGAUAACCUAAGACCCCUGCACAGAUGUAGCCCAUGGAAGUUCAGUAGCCAAGUGGGUUCCAUUGUAAUAGGAACAGGGACUGUCUCUGAUGUGAACUGAUUGGCCUGCUCUUUAAUUACCUCCCCCUGAGGGGGAAGCAGCAUUACCAGGCCACAGAAGAAGACAGCGAAGCCACUCCUGAUGAGACCUAAUUGACUAGGAUCAGAAGGAAGGAAAAGGAGUUCUCCCCUAUCAGUGGACUUGGGGAGGGGCAUGCAUGCAGAGGGUGGAGGAAGGGAGGGAUUGGGACGGGAAGAGGGAGAGAACCACAGGGGGAAUACAAAGUGAAUAAAGUGUAAUUAAUAAAAAAAAAGGUCAAAUCAUAUCACUUUUAGUAGCUAACAUGACAUUAAGUUGUCAAUAGAGGGCAUUGGAGAGACAGCAAAAGAGAAGUUCUCUACUUCGUAGUUUAUUUUGUUUUCUAUUUUUUAAAAAAUAUUAAUAUAUACAUAUAUAUAUAU